CUUAUCGAUAGAUCCGUGAGAACCCUUUCCAAAAAGUAAACAAACAAAAACCGGUCUUAAUUGUAUCUUUUUCGUAUAGAACAAUCUGUUCAUAGUUACUUUAAGGAGCUUUUAAGGAGUAAAUACCGUCUACUUAUUAGAUUGUCCAGGACUCUAGGUGCCAAGAAAUUUUACAGUUAACAAAGCUGUUUGAGAAAUCAACAGGCGCGAUCGUGGGUCCUUCAAUCAUUAAAUUUGUAUCUUGGAUGUAAUAAGUGCGAUCGUCACGCAACCGCUGGGCUCAAAAAUCUGAAUUUUGGCAUUGGUGAUUAAUUUAUAACUCUACGAAAUGGACGAUAACGGCGAAUUGAUACUCAACUCCGAUUGUUUUUUGGAGAUUAUGAAUUAUGUAAUCUCUGAUUGCAACUUGAAAAACCAAAAUGUCGAAAAGGGUACUUUAAGGUAUGAUGAUUUAAUCAACUUUGUGCUGUCCCAUGAAUUUAUCCUGGAAUUGCUUGCGGUGCAUCACAAACGUUUGUACCAAGAUCUGGAGUUCGCCCUUGUUUGCAGAAUCAUAAAGCUGCUGAUAGAUCUGCGCAUCAAUAAGUUAUCAAACCAACAAAGUGAAUGUUUCUGGAAACCCUAUCUAGAAUCUGUUAGGGAGAGAAAUGCUUUCAAUGUAGAACUAUUUUUUGACCACCACAAAAAUAAGACGGAUGAAGUAUGUGUAAACAUAACUAUAAGAGGCAUGUCAUCGAACCUUACAAACCUCGAAAUGUUAAAGUUAGACGGUAGUAUUACUGCAAACGCCUUAGCUGACAUCUGUAUCUUUAUCCCAAAUUUGAGAAAGUUGGCCUUCGAACGCAUUGAAAUAGAUGGAGAUCUUUCCAUUAUCGCACCGCAUUGCGCAAAUCUUGAGGAGCUAAAAAUUAAGUUUAACACGGAAGGCGGAGCUGCCCAAUAUGCACCGCUAGCACAUUUGCCCAAUUUAAAAAACUUUUUUAUUACUGGAAUCUAUGAGAGCGGUUCGGAAUUGAAAUUUUUUAAAAAUUUUGUCCAAUUGCACAGACCUAGAAAUCUACGACCAUUAAUACUUACCAUCGAAGAUUCUUUGUUCCAUAAAGGCAAUAAACAUAGGUCUAUAACUCUUGCUGCUCUUGACUCAUUAAGAUAUAUGGAAAUAUAUUUCUUAUAUUUUGAUGAUGAAUAUCAUCAUAAAAUCGCAUUUGAUUUAUGUGAAAUAUCGGAAGGCAGCUGUUUAACAGAGGAUUUUCUCAUAACCAUACCUGUAACGGAACUACUAAGAAUAAAGUUUGACAGGUAUAAAGGAGAACUGGAGUUAAAGCUUCAUUGGUCUACGGACAUUAGUCAAUUGGGUCCAUUAUCAAAGCUGCCCAAUCUCAGUCGGUUGGUCGUACUUAAUAAAUGUACUGGUUUAGAUCAUCCCGAAUCAAUGGCAAAAUUCCUUCAAUCAAUGGUCCCAAAAGGGUCGUUUUCUUUGAAAUCCUGCAAAAUGCACUACGGACCAAUAGAUGAAUUAGAGACAAUAGAAAUUGCGAAAAUAAAGUCAAUUCGGUAUCUGGGGUGCCAUGUCUGGAAAUGGAACUCAAUUAAAUUUUUAAGUCAAUUGCCUAACCUGCAACACCUGGUUAUCAAUGUUUGCGAUUCUAUUGAUUCCUAUGACUCAAAUAUACUACUUGAUCUUCUAAAUACAUGUCAGGUGCAAGCUACCAUAAUGUGCAACAGAUUUAGCAUUACUAUAAACAAGGUUGAAAAAAAUCUUGAGAUUAAAAUGAAAAGAGAUUUUCAGGUUGAUAUGCUGAGUUUCCUGGCUCAACUUAGCGUUAACACCCUGCAGAUCUCCGGGGAAUCGGAUCCUGCAUCCCUUAACCCAUUUCUUGACGCCUUUGUCACCAGCAAUUUGUGUACAAUUCAAGAAUUGGAUAUAUCUGAAUUAGAAUAUGAUGUGCAAGAACUUUUUGGAGAAAAAUACAGUUUUAGACAUAUUUCCAAAGUGGCCGAAAUUCAAAGCAUUAAGAAACUAAAAUGCUCCUUGUCAGACACAACUGGUACUGAGAAAUUGGGUCAACUGAAUAACCUCGAGGAAUUGGUCAUUUCGGCUAAGGGAUCUCUUGAUUUUCUUUUUAUAAAACUGGCUGAAAAAAAUACAAUUCGAAGAAUUUCAUGUAAAAAUUUCGAUCCCAAAUAUGUUGUACACGUUUCCAGAAUAAGGUCUCUGGAAAAACUGAUGUGCCUUUCUCCCACCAAUCUCAACUUACAGUCCUGUAUAGAUCUAGCUAACUCGAGCAUUGAGGAAUUAUAUUUGGACUCACAAAGUCAUUGUGUACAAGAACUUCUUUCCGCAUUUUCUUCAAAUAGAACUACUAAACUUAAGCAGCUUCACGUGUUCAAAUUCGACAUCUCACAAAUGGCUGAAGUUAAGGAACUAACAUGUCUAAAAAGAUUGCUUGUCGAAUAUUUUAGUUCGGAAUGUGGGCCAACAUUAAAUAAAUUUUCACAAUUGGAAUAUCUAGCCAUUAACAAAUUGUAUAAUUGUCAAUCUAAUGUUGCCAUUAACACAUUGAAUGAUUUGACCCUUCAUUCACUACCUUUGACUCUUCAGAAACUGAACUUAAAUUUGUAUAUUGGCGUUGGUGAAUGCAAGUAUUUGGUUGAACUUAAAAAAUUAGAAGCUUUAGAAUGCUCAUUUCGCGAUGAGCCAGGCAUAGAAAUUUUGGCAAAUAUGCAAAGCCUAAAGAAAUUAACUAUCAAUGCUGCCAAAGGUUCUCUUAGUGAACUUUUCCGGGCUUUUGUUCUUAAGUCAAACUUACAAGAACUACAUGCAUGGUCACAUUUGUGUUCAGAUGACAUCCGCGAAAUAUCGAAAAUCAAAUCGUUAACAAACUUAAGUAUUUGGUACCAAAUAAAAUGUGAUAAUUUAACAGACCUUGGAGAACUAUUUGAACUUAAAUCACUCCAUAUAAAUCGACGUUACUGGGGGAGAGUCGAUAUUGAAAGCGUAUUGCCGAUUUUUAAAUCGUGUCAAAAGCUCCAGUGUGCCGAAUUGAAAGGAGAGGCAGUGGCUACAAACCUUGCAAGCAGAAUAAACCAAAUUCUAAAACCCAUACGGGAUCCUGCACUUCAAGGGCCCUUAAAACUUUGUAUAAUUGAAUACUCCCCUUUUCCGAACAUUCAUGUGGACGACAUUGAUGAGGCAUAUUUAAACGUUUCCUACUCAUACAAAACUCCCGACUCUGGUUAUUGUACAGAAUUUUUUUCUGAAAGACGAGAUUCCGUUGAUUCUCAAACCUUUAAUUAUGCGGAUAAAAAAGAAGAAGACUACUUUUAGAUAUUAGAUAAGACUCGCGUUCAAUAUAUGGAAUGUUUUGUUUACUUUUUGUUGUACAUAUUAUAAAAUUUCAUAAUAUUUGAUAGGCUACAAA